CGUUACAGUGUAGUUCAGUGUUAGUGUGUCACGCGUCAGAUUGCUUCCGGCAGGCACUGUCACGUGCACCGCGUUCCUCGACGCGUCCGAGUCGAACUGCGACUUGUAGCCUUGGGUCAAGACUCUCAGCAAUCCGUCAUCUGCUUUCAUCUUGUAGAAACAUGCCCCACGGCCACUGCCAGGUAUGCUUGGGAUAUUUUGCCCUAUCAGAUUUCCAGGUUUUGCCUUGCGGUCAUGGUGGCUGCAAGUAUUGCCUUGGCAAAAUAUUCGACACAGUAACGAAUAUGGGGAACUGCUGGAUGUGUCGACAAGAAUUUCAUCGAAGUGGGGCCCAUCGAGUCCAUCUUGAACUAGUAGACUCAAAGGUGGCGAAUUUCCAGAAUACCAUCGAGGGUCUGGAGAGAAUGGAUGCGAGCGUGCCAUCCAUAAGUGUAACUAGAGCAAGCACUAGAAUAAAGAGGACGGUUGAUGAUAUCAACUGCGACAACGAGAUAGCCGUAUCACUCCGACAAGCGAUUGCGGACUUCGACGACCGCAUAGUUCCUGUUUUUAUUCGAGUGGAGGCACAAGCCAAGGAAGUGGAGCAGCUGCAGAAACAACUGACCUGUGCCCAACGCAAAGCGAAAACAUUUGAUGAUGUGUGUGAAAGCUCUGAAAAGAAGGAUGCCCUUAUCAUUGCUCUUCGUUCUGAACUUGAUCGGUCAAGCAAGGAGGGUCGACAGGCCGUUUCAGUGAAAGAAAGUUUGACUGCAGAUUACUUGGCAUCGAAGAGACAAAAUGAGCUCGACACAGAGGAGAAGAAUAGAUUAGAACAUGAUAAUCGGGAUUUACGCAGACUAUUGGAAUGUCAUGCAAAAUCUGCUCAGUCCCGGAAAGACAAAAUUCAAGCAUUAAAACAUGAGAUCACAAAGCUCAAACAGCGAAACGAGACUCUUGAAGAAACACAGUCUUCUGUGUUAGAGGAAACCCUUUCAACACUUCCAUUUAACGAUUACACCUUCCUUUCAUCUUCUUCUUCCUCUGCACAACCUACCUCUCCCUCUGAACACUUCCGGAACAAGUCUUACCGAUCCUCUAGGCUUUCCCAGGUCCCAAACGAACUGUCCGAGCCGGAGGUUGAUAUCAACUUUGAUUCCGGCAUGCCAGGCCCAGGAUUUUCCUCAGAUUGGAAGAUGUCGAGCACCACAAAGUCGACUAAAAGAAAGGCAGCAUCGUUGAACUUUCCAAUUCCGCUGGAUAAACGUGGGCGCCCUACAGUCUCAGUACAAACGGGUCCUGUACGAUUGAGGCGGGUUCCUUGAAGCUAUGCACAUUAUGGAUUUUUCUGACUGAACAUUGAAUUCAACUUUAUCGAUUGUCCUGCACCACAGAAUGUUGUAUAUAAUAAUACUGGAGUGUAAUUAGUAUCUGGAGGUAUGUGGUAGUCGUGUACUUAUACACUUUGUCAUCUAUGU